AUGGUGCUUCACAGACUGCGGAUCAGCAUACGAACACAGCUGAUAGCUUUGGUAUGUAUUGUGGCCCUGCUUUCGUUGGUGAUCCUGGCCAUCAUAACUGGAGUGUAUUUUACGAAUAAUUUCACAAAGACAAGGUCGGAAAGACUGGAGAUCAUAGCACAGCUGAAAGCGUCCCAAAUGGAACAGAGUUUUUACUAUUUCUACUACCAGGUGUAUUAUCUAUCGACCAGGGAAACGCUCCAAGACUCACUCCUCAAUCACAAGGCCGGAAACACGAGUUCUUCGGUUACGACUGCUGCCAUGAAUACUAUCCAGCAAUUUCUGGAUUCCAGUGACACGUUUGCGCAGGCCAGUCUGUAUGACCUUUCGCUCGAAGUCGUUGGAAAUGCAACAAACGAUGUUUUGUCAGUGAACACAAAUGUGUCCGAUUCGCUGUACCCUUUUUCCAACAACAAGACCUUUACAGAAGUGUUUCUGGAUAAGGGUGGAUACAUCAAGGGCCCUACCAGAAAUGAUACUUCCUACUUCAUCUCGCUGACCUUGCCAAUAUACACCAAUGCGUCGGUACUGAUAUCAACACCUGACUUGAGUGGCUAUUUAUCCAUGAUAAUAGACGUGAAUAGUUUUGAGAGUGUUGCUAACGAUACCACUGCUCUGGAAGACACGGAAGUUACCAUGGUCAGACCCAUCAUGGAUUAUAAUAACGAAUCCUUGUAUGAUGCGUACAACCACUCCCAACCCACGGGAUUUCGCUACAUUUUUCCUCCGAAAAACGAGCCAACAGAUGUUACUGAAGUACUUUUCAGUAUAUAUUAUUACCUGGCGGUGUUAGAUGUGUUCCUCAGUGGUGAUGACGUGGGAGAUAUGGACAAAGUACGAAACCCUUUUGGCCAGGAGGUGGCCGUUGGUUAUAGUCAAGUGGAUCUGAUGUUUGAUACAUGGGCUGUUAUAGUGGAGCAGGAAAGGGGUGCAUUCUUGCAGCCAGUGAAUAAACUGGUGAAGAUCAUAGCAGGGACAGUGAUCGCGAUCGCUGUAUUCAUGUGCUUGGUGACCUUCCCUCUGGCGCAUUUUGGAGUGCGGCCAAUCAUCAGAUUGCAAAAGGCAACAGAGGCAAUAACUCAAGGACGAGGCCUGAAAAAGGGGAAAAAGAGGAAGCUUCAAGGGAGCUCCGACAUGCUUUCUCCAAGGAGCGAGCAUGACUUCAAUGCUGGAGACUCACCGACGGAAGAAAAGUUCAGACACAACAGUGUUGGCAAUGGAAGCCGGUUUUCUGCAGUGUCGGGGAUGCUGACGCCGAAUUCUGAUGCAAGUUUCCACGUAAAUGAUUCACCUUCGUACCCACAGCAUUUCAGCACUCCGAUUAUUGUAUCUAAGGGAAGCAGGUUUAUCGUGGAUGAGUUAACUGAACUGACGGACGCUUUUAAUGUCAUGACAGAAGAACUGGACAGGCAAUAUUCCCACUUAGAGGAUAGAGUUAGAGAGCGCACCAAGGAACUGGAAGUUGCCAAGAUCCAGGCUGAAUCCGCCAGAAUGCAAGCGGAAGCUGCUAAUGAAGCAAAAACAGUAUUCAUUGCCAACAUCUCUCAUGAGUUGAGAACUCCAUUGAACGGUAUUCUCGGUAUGACUGCAAUAGCGAUGACCGAGACUAGCAUAGGUAAGGUGAAGGAGUCUCUCGACCUGAUCUUCAGAAGCGGUGAGCUUCUGCUUCACAUUCUCACCCAGUUGCUCACUUUCAGCAAGAACCAAUUGGACAAGUCUAAGCUGGAGAAUCGCAACUUCCAGAUGAUCGAGGUUGCUUCUCAGGUGAAGUCUAUUUUUGGAAAGACCGCUAAGGAUCAAAAAGUCAUACUUUCACUAGUGAUGAAACCAAAUUUGUUGCGCAAGAUGAUCCUAUUUGGAGACUCAAACAGAAUUAUACAGGUUGUUAUGAACUUGGUCAGUAAUUCGCUCAAAUUUACCCCUGAACAGGGAACUGUUUCAGUGGUUAUCAGAGUGCUAGGUGAAUACGACGAGGAAAGAUCAAGGAGAUGCGAUUAUGAGAGGGUUUUCGUCAAAAAACCUCACGGAUUGCUUAUGGCGAUAACGGAACAAGAAACGAAUAACCAGGAUACCACAGUAUUUGAAACGGAGAGCGGAGUGACCACAGAGGAGGGCAUUCCAUCUAACAAUCCAACAAGUGAUAACACGGAAAAGAUUUUUAACAGUGAUACUGACGGCAAGACCUCUGAAAAGAGUGUCGUCCCAGAUCAGGUCUCUGUCAGCAGCAGGGGAAACAAUUCUGUGGAGAUUGUUUCACCUCAGGAUGAUACACAAACAUUGCACACCCUAUCCUCUUCCGUUUACGAAAGUGCAAUAGAGUCUGCAAAUGAGUCCAAGAAAGCGGUGGGUACUUCGAACUCGAGCGUGUUGAUAGGAUCAUCUUUUAGUGAAGAUUCGGACGAUUAUGUGAAUACAUCGGAAGAAGGAAAGGAAGUCAUAAACGAGAAGGAGGAAGAUACGUCUUUUAGUGCUGAUGACGACGGUGAGAGGUUUGCCAUCAUGGAUGAGGAUGAUGAUGAUCUGCUUGGAAAACAAAUGCCAUCUAAAUCUCUCAAGAACAGGAAACGGUGGGUCAUUGAAAUUACCGUUAGUGAUACCGGAACGGGCAUUGAGGAGUCUUUGCAAGAGAAGGUGUUUGAGGCUUUUGUACAAGGUGAUCAGACUUUGUCGAGAUCAUACGGUGGUACCGGUUUAGGACUUUCUAUUUGCAGACAAUUGGCGAAGAUGAUGCAUGGAACUUUGACUCUCAAGAGUGAGGUUGGAUGUGGUUCCACAUUUACUUUCAAAAUACCAUUACCUCAAACAGGUGAAAUCCUAGUGGACAAAGCGGAUGAAGAAGAGUUUUUCAACGACGAUUUCCACCCGGAUGUUGUUGCUAGGAGAGAGUCCAAAAGGGUCACAAUCCAGGAACCAAAUGAUGCAGAUAUCCACGAGAUUCAAAGCAAUUCCGGAAAUAAUAAGGGACUGGUAAGGAAAGCCAGCUUUGAGCAGAGAAACGUGUUGCAUCUGUCUGUUCCGAUUCCAGGGAAAGACAAUUCUGUCGACCCUUCCGCCCAACUUCUUACCAAGCCUCAGUUACUAGCACGCGCAUCAACAGGCACUGCCCAUUCCGAGCAAUCUAGCCUUCUUAAACACAGAGGUUCGAACGUGGAAGGUAUGAGGAUACUGGUAGCAGAGGACAACACGGUGAACCAGGAGGUCAUCAAGAGGAUGUUGAAUCUGGAGGGUUUCACUGAUAUCACAUUGGCAUGUGAUGGCAGUGAAGCCAUUGAGAUCUUGAGGAGUGUCAUGUCCGAGGAAGAAACGUUUGAUCUUAUAUUCAUGGAUGUACAGAUGCCCAACAUCGAUGGGUUACUGGCUACGAAGCUCAUCAGACAGGAAAUGAAGUAUGAGGGCCCAAUCGUGGCUUUGACAGCGUUUGCCGAUAAGUCCAAUGAGGAAGACUGUCUGGAGGCUGGAAUGUCCGGAUUUUUGUCGAAACCUAUCAGAAGGAACCAAUUGAGAAAAAUUAUUCUUGAGCUUUGCCCCAAGAUAUCGAAGGAUAUGAUGUCGUCAACGGGUACCGGAGAAACCAGCGAGGAGUUCUACGGAGCCCGUUUGAAAAGUUUUUGA